CCUCGACCGACCGAGACCCGACCCCCUCACGCCGGACCGCAGCGAGUCGUCCCUCUCCUCUCCUCUCCUCUCGCCGCCCGCCCCGCCCCCCUCCGCUAGGGUUCCCCCGCUCCGCCGCGCCGCCCCGCUAGGGUUCCCCGCACCGCCGCCCGCCGCCCCGACAGCCCACCCCGACGCCACCCAGAGUCGCACGCAUACAUACUACAUCCGAGCCGACGCGCACAGCCCCGGUCGCGGCCGGUGGUUCGCCGCCGACCGCCGCCUCACGCCCCUCGCGCCCACCCACCUCACCGCGGCCCUCCCGUCUCGGCCCCGCCCGCGGUCCCUGGGCGCUGUUUCUCCAAGGUAACGUUCCUCCUGUUAUCCGUGUUGUUUGAUGCGGUUUAAUGGCGAGUAAUAUGCAGACUCCUGGUCCGCCUCAGCCCCCCCGGCCUCCUAUGAUGGGUUCUACCGCACCACAAAAUAUGGGACAACCAAUGCCCAUGCAGUGGCCACCAGGUCCGCCACAACAGCCUCCUCAGUUCAUGCAACCAGCGCCACAACAGUAUCGGCCUGUUGGUCAGGCCAUGCCAGGAGUUAACAUGGGCAUGCCAGGGCAGAUGCAACAUUUUCAGCAACCUGGGCCACAUAUGCCUCAUUCUGGUCAUGUUCCGCCUGCAUCACAAGCUGUUCCUAUGCCAUACCAGGCAGUUAGACCUAUGUCAUCAGCUCCUAUGCAGCCACAGCAGCAAGCUGUAUUCCCUGGUGGACAUAUGCCCACCAUGGGCACCCCUAUGCCGCCUCCUUCAUAUACCUAUCAACCAACAACGGUUCCUCCUGGAGCUCAACCCUGGGGUACAGUCCCAGGUCAGGGCGCACCUCUUGUGUCACCAAUGGUGCAGCCUGGGCAUCAGUCUCUCUCAGCUUCAGUGCCCCCAGUGAGCUCAACUGAACCUAGCUCUGCAGAUUGGCAAGAACACAGUUCAGGGGAUGGAAAGAAGUACUACUACAAUAAGAGGACAAAGCAAUCAAGUUGGGAGAAACCUGCUGAGUUGAUGACACCUUUGGAGCGGGCUGACGCUUCAACCGAAUGGAAAGAAUUUACUACAGCAGAAGGACGGAAGUACUAUUAUAACAAAGUGACAAAGCAAUCCAAAUGGUCUAUUCCUGACGAGCUAAGGAUCGCACGCGAAUUAGCAGAAAAGACAUCAAAUCAACAGCCUGUCCGGGAAAUUGAAUCCACUACUGUUGCCCCUGUUGGAUCCACUUCUGUUUCUGUUGAGCCUUCUGUUUUACCUGCCAAGCAGUCUUCAUCUUUAGUAGGAACAGUUGCUUCAAGCGCACAUGAUGCGACAGCAAACUUGCCUCCUCCUGGUGCUGCCCCGUCGUACAAUGGGGAUAUACCUUCUUCUGGUUCCAUGCAAAAUGGUGGAACAAGUGCUGCUGUGGUUGUCCCUGUUACAACGAGCACUGGGGUUCCACAACUUGCAAGCGAUGCUGGGACAAACAGAAACACUUAUGGAAGUUCAUCUCUACCAAGUACUACUGACACAAAAGUUGGAGCAUCUGCUGAGGAUUUGGAGGAGGCCAAAAAGACGAUGCCAACUGCAGGGAAGAUCAAUGUUACUCCGCUGGAGGAUAAAACAAUUGAAGAAGAACCUGUUGUUUAUGCUACUAAAUUGGAAGCAAAGAAUGCAUUCAAGUCCCUGCUUGAAUCGGCAAAUGUCCAGUCUGAUUGGUCAUGGGAUCAGGCCAUGAGAGUUAUUAUAUCUGACAAAAGAUAUGGUGCUCUGAAAACUCUUGGAGAGAGAAAGCAAGCUUUCAAUGAGUACUUAAACCAGCGGAAAAAGAUUGAAGUUGAGGAGAGGCGUGUCAAGCAGAGGAAAGCACGUGAUGAUUUUCUCACAAUGCUGGAAGAAUGUAAGGACCUUACAUCAUCAAUGAGAUGGAGCAAAGCAAUUACUAUGUUUGGGCAUGAUGAAAGGUUCAAUGCUGUUGAACGCCCCAAGGAGCGUGAAGAUUUAUUUGAGAACUAUCUUGUGGAGCUACAAAAGAAGGAAAAAGCAAAGGCUGCUGAAGAGCACAAAAGGCGCAUAGCAGAAUAUAGAGAAUUUCUUGAAUCAUGUGAUUUCAUCAAGGCAAACACCCAGUGGCGAAAAGUUCAAGAUCGGCUAGAGGAUGAUGAACGCUACACCCGACUUGAAAAGAUUGACCGCUUGGAUGUUUUCCAAGACUAUAUAAGGCAUCUUGAGAAAGAAGAGGAAGAGCAGAGGAGAAUUCAGAAGGAGCAAUUAAGGAGACAAGAACGGAAAAACCGCGAUGACUUUCGGAAGAUGAUGGAAGAACAUGUUGCUGAUUGUACACUUAAUGCAAAAACUUACUGGCGUGACUACUGUUCACAGGUGAAGGAUUCACGUGCUUACCUGGCAGUUGCUUCAAACUUGUCUGGCUCGAUGCCAAAAGAACUCUUUGAUGAUGUCAUGGAGGAGCUUGAUAAACAGUAUCAAGAUGAUAGGGCUUUAAUUAAAGAUGAAGUGAAAUCUGGAAAGAUUCCUAUGAUGUCUUCAUGGACAUUAGAGGACUUCCAAGCUGCUGUUACAGAGCAUGAAAAAUGUAAAGGAGUGUCGAAGAUAAAUAUCAAGCUUAUUUAUGAGGACCUAAUUGAAAGGCUCAAGGAAAAGGAUCUAAAGGAGGCCAAGAAGCGUCAGCGACUGGGUGAUAAUUUUCUAGAUCUACUGUACUCAAUCAAGGAAAUUACUGCUGCUUCAACAUGGGAUGAUUCUAAAUCACUAUUUGAUGAUACACAGGAAUACAGGGAUCUGGGUGGUGAGACAUAUGCUAAAGAGCUUUUUGAAGAAUAUAUUGUCCGCCUCAAAGAAAGGCUUAAAGAGAAAGAGCGCAUGAGGGAGGAAGAGAAGGCAAAGAAAGAGAAAGACCGUGAAGAGAGAGAAAAGAAGAAGGAGAAGGAGAAGGAGAAGAAGGAGAAAGAUCGCAAAGAAAAAGAAAGAGACCGAGAGAAGGAAAGAGAAAAGGAGAAAGGAAAGGACCGGUCAAGGAGAGAUGAAAUGGAUGUUGAUGAUGAUGUGGAAAUUCAUGGCUCAAAAGACAAGAAACGAGAGAAGGAUAAAGAAAAGAAGCAUAAAAGGCGCCACCAUGACACCACAGAUUCUGAAAAGGAUGAGAAGGAUGACUCGAGGAAAUCUCGAAGGCAUAGCAGUGAUCGCAAGAAAUCUAGGAAGCACACCCAUGCUUCAGACUCAGAUAGUGAAAACCGCCAUAGAAGACACAAAAGGGAUCGAGAUAGUUCCCGCAAAAACGGUGCGCAUGAGGAGCUUGAAGACGGUGAACUUGGAGAAGAUGGGGAGAUCCAUUAGGCUUAUGCUUUUACCUCCCAAGAUUUGUCAGUACUUACCACCGUCCCUUUGUCAUGUUCUCAAUUGCUGCUAUUAUGUCUUAUUCUGCUUAUUAAUAACUGACUAGUGGUAUAAUUACCGAAAAUUAAUGCUACUUUUUUUUGUCA